CCGCGGUCCAAUGAGAAAGCGCCACAAUUUUUUCAGUAUGGCGUCCGUCUUGGUAGUUGAGGAAAGCAUUUCUGAGAGAAGGAGUUGAAGACAUUUCACAACGUUAAAAUAGCAUGUGUGAAUUUGAGGUUCUAACAUUUGGAUUUGUGUAGUGCGAUAUGAAAUAAUGGCGUCUCCCGGGAUGGAACAGCUAUUUGACUUUCAGAGGUUGCCUAAGGACCCAUUAAACCUAAUCCUGCUUUUGCUGUACGCUCCUGUUGGACUGUGCCUGAUGCUGCUCAGGGUGUUUAUCGGUGUCCAUGUGUUUUUAGUGAGCUGUGCGUUACCCGACAGCCCAAUUCGAAGAUUUAUUGUGAGAGUUAUGUGCUCAGUCCUAGGAAUGUUUGUAAAAGAGAAUAACCCCCACCUAAGGGACAAGAAUGUCAAAGUGUACAUUUGCAACCAUGUAACACAGUUUGAUCACAAUAUUGUAAAUCUUAUAACAUCAUGUAAUACGCCAAUGUUAGAUUGCCCUCCUGGCUUCAUCUGCUGGGCCAGAGGGUUUAUGGAAACUGGCAUCCCCUCCAGCAGGCUGGAGCUGACGGAGUUUUUAAGACAGUACUGCAGUAUGCAAGGUAGCCUUCCACUUUUGCUGUUUCCAGAAGAGGAUACAACCAAUGGCAAAGCUGGUCUUCUUAAAUUCAGCUCUUGGCCUUUCGCUGUGACAAAUACAGUUCAACCCAUUGCUCUCCUUGUUAGGAGACCAUUUAUACCAGCGAAUAUUGAAGAAUCCUCGUGGAUCUUGGAGCUCUUGUGGACUUUUUUCAUCCCCUUCACAGUGUACCAAGUAAGAUGGCUUCCUCCUUUAUCCAGGCAAGAUGAAGACUCCAGUGAAGUGUUUGCAAAUAAAGUUCAAGAGCUGCUGGCAAAGGAGCUUCAACUUGUAACAACACAGAUUACUCGAGCAGACAAAGCUGAACACCUCAAGAGGAAAAGACAUGUUGCACCUCAUGUAAACUCAAGUCAAACAUUAAGUACUGCAUCCAGUACUAUCUCUCCGGGAUUUCUAGGUGCAAACUCAUUUGCAGAUGAUGCAAAAAUUGCAGCCAUGGCUAAGAGAGUCAGUGAAGUGCUUCCUGAUGUUCCACUUAGCAUUAUCAAAUAUGACUUAAAGAAAACGCACUGCAUUGACACAACCAUCACUAAUCUUCUUGAAAAAGCAGAGGAAAUGCCUUCAGGGUCUGGAGGUGCUUCAGAUUUGCUUUCCUCAUCCAUCAGGGCCACCACUUCAGGUUCUACUCCUGCAUUAAAGCCUGUUUCAAACACAUUUGAAAAGUCUCCAAUUGAUAGGCACUUAUCACUUCAAGAAAGAAAAGAGGCUCUAUAUGAAUAUGCAAGGAGGCGCUACUUAGAGAAACAUGGACCGAAUCAACACAGUUGCCAGUGACCUGGGUAUUGGAAGUCUAAAAGAACAGAUUUUUUCUCUUGAAAGCCAUUAUUUUUGAAGGAUUUUAGUGACCUGUGUGGAAAAAAAUGUCACAUGCAGAAGUUUUUUUGUAAACCACAGAUAAUGUUGAGUGAGUCCUAAGAAAUAAUUAAAAGAGGUUUUUGAAAUAUUUCUGCAUGGAGUUUAUGCAUGUGCCACCUUGUUCUUUUAAAUCCUUUAUCUGAACAAAGAUGAUUAUUUUGGUAAAGUUUGUACUUUAACCCAGUUACAGUGAUGCAUUGUUAUUUUUUACAAAAGUAAAAUUAAUGUGAAAUUUCAACAAGCAAAUGCAAAAUGUUUGUAGUGCAGCUGUCCACUCUGCCCUCCCCUGAGCCCCAAUCAGAACAAGCCAUAACAUUUGUCUAGGACCUGUAUGUUCACAGCUAACUUGCAAUAAUAAAUGGGAGUAUCAGUAUUUAUUAUAAUGAUAGGCAGAUGAUAAUGCAAAUACCGUAAUAGUAAAUUAGUGGUUAUCUUAUUUUGCUAGAAUGUACUUAUUUUGCGUUGGUCUUGGGUCUUACAUUUACCGUUGGGUCUGAGGAAAAAACUUCAGGUUCUAAGCACUUACAGCUGGAUGUGUGCAAUUAUAAAUACAUAGCCUGCUACCAGGUCUAUUAAAGAAUAGAAUAUAUUACGGUCCUGGUUCAGAUGUAUGUUUUUGGCUGUCCCUUACCAUAGAUAUUAAAAUGCUGCAAAAAUAUUUUGUAAUGUACUUGAACAAAAGAAAUUAAUUUCCCAUUAUUUACAUUAACGGUCUCAAAAGUUAUUCUUGAUGCAAAUGGGUCUUAUACCUAUUCAGUUUUCAAAAUGCCUCACCUUUUUUGCGGUAAAGCUUUAUAUUUUAUUUAAAAAGUAAUUUAUAUGGUUAGAACUUAAUUGGUAAGAAAUAAGUGCAUUAUGUAAGAGUACAUUAGUUCCAAUGGUGCUUAUAGAAAUUCUGAAGACCCCAUAUUGAUUCUGUUGAAAAAUGCUGCAUCUUUCCUUUUGGAAUUUGAACUCGGUAAGUUGUGUGCUGUAUACUUAAGCAGAAUUUUACUAUUUCUCUCUCUCUCUAUAUAUACAUACAUAUAUAUAUAUAUAUAAAAGCAUUCACAAAACUAAAGAUUUGUCAAAACACACAUUGGUAAACAUAUAGUACCUAUUCAUCUUGAAGGUGUUGAAAAGUAAUGAAAUGCUUUUUUAUAAUAAAAAAAUAAAUAUGCA